GUCCUGGAGGAGGAGCGGGGCGGGGGGAGGUGCGGUGCAGGUGCGCCCCCGAGCGCGCUGUGGGCGUGCCUGGUGCCCGCCUCGGUGCGGGCAGGAGGAGGUACAGCGUCGGCGGGAGCCCUCUGGCUGAGUGGGCCGUGGCCCGGCGCGCCCUCGGCCGGCGUCCCCGGGGCUCCGGCGGGUCUGCGCGCGCGCCGCCGCGGAAGCAGGUCGGCCUUGCCCGCCCCUCGUCCGCGACCAGACAGAAGAUGGGCACCCGACUCUGACCCCGAAGACGCACCCCUUGCCCUCGUUCUUCUGAGCGCCGCCUCGACCCCCAGUUGUUCCAGGGGCGCAGUUCCCCGCACCUUGCAGGUCCCAGGCUGAAAUUCGCGAAUAGAUAGUGGGCCAUGCUGUGUCCUGGGGGUACGACUCGUAGAAGACCUGACCUUGGUGCUGUAGGAUACGACAGUCUGGGGCAGAUGCUAUUAGAAGAUCCUAUUGCCACUUGUCUUUCUCCCUCAGUCUAUGAUAUGAUCUGUAAAUUCGGGUUUGAAGUCAGAGAAACUUGUGAUAUCAAUAGCAUUGUAACUGAGAGGGGUGAAGUAUGCUGGAAGACAAUCACAGACUGCGUGAUUUAUACGGAAUCAGCCCAGAGUCUGGAUUACCCCGGAAGUGUGAGGCUGCUGGGCCCUGUGUGUGAGGCCGUCCACUCACAUUUGUUAUCUCUGACCAAGGAGCAGUUUGAAAUCUGUUAUACACCGUGGCUGCAGUGGACAGCUUUUCCAGAGUUAUUUCCUGAAAUACUUGAUGCUUUGGAAAGCCUUCAAUCUCCCGCUAUUUCUCUUAGCUUAAUGAAACUGACAGCAUGUCUAGAACGGGCUUUGGGCGAUGUAUUUUUACUGAAUGGGAAGGAAUGUCCUUUUCUUUUAAGAGAUCUGCUUGCAUCUAAGGAGCUUGCUCAGGUCUUUGGGCAGUCUGUGAUGGACGUACUGAAAGUCUUCCUUGGAUCUCCACGCGGGCUCAAUCUGCGUAACAUCCUGUGGCAUGGGUUUGCGUCCCCUCACGAAGUCCCUCCGAAAUACUGUUCGAUGAUGACGCUGUUGACAGCGGGCUUGGGUCAGCUGCUAAAGAGUUACUUGCGACAAACUAAAUUCGCGUUGGUGCACCGACCUUUCAGAGCUCUUCCAGACCUUGAGGAUUUGGCCGUUUUCCCAGAUAUGACUUCUGAGGUACUUCCAGUGUUAGAAGAAGUGAUGGAGAAAUCCACUUUUAUAUUAAAAAUCAUGUUGCCGUACUGGGAAGAGGCGUUAAUCAGGUUCAAGGCACACAGGUUUGCUGACUGUGCCGUGUUGUUACUGCCGCAGCUGGAGACGGGACUCAGGAGAGCGUUUGCCGUCGUUAACAAGUGUCCACAGAGACUUCUGACGGCUGAGUCAACAGCUCUUUAUACCACCUUCGAUGAAAUAUUGGCAAAGCACUUGAAUGAUGGUAAACUCAAUCAACUUCCUCUUUUCCUUGGAGAGCCUGCAAUGGAGUUUCUUUGGGAUUUCCUGAACCAUCAGGAGGGUCCUCGUGUAAGAGACCAUCUGAGCCACGGGGAGAUCAACUUCCCCGAAUUUCCAAAAGAAGCGGCGAACCAAUUGCUUGCAUUUUCCACCGUGCUUUUACUCCGAUUCGUCGACAAAGGCCUGUUGUCAGUGCUUAAGGAAAAGGCGGCGAUAAGGUCACUGGUCGGUCUCGCCGAAAGCUACCGUGCUCACGUCCACCCGGUGUCUCAGCUGAGAAAACAGGUGCUGAGCUGUGAGAAGAGCCUCGGGGCUUGGCCCCUCCUGUCUUUGCCCACAGAAGCCGAGGAGGCUGCCAGAUUAGAAGGUCAUUCUGAGACCAAUGCCUGCAACUCUUUACUGACAGAAAUCAUGUCUGAGCUGUGUCACCACCUGCCUGAGGAUCACCGUGUCGCUAGGGACUUGGACAGCCUUCCUGCUGAGAAGUGGCCCCAGGUGAUCCGUGAACUCUGCGGCACCCCCGUGCCAACUCUGUUCUGUCCCAGAACCGUUCUGGAAGUGCUCACUGUCCUCCGAAACAUCACCGCACACUGUGCCCGCGUGUCCAGCCAGGUCGCCGCCUCCGCGGAGCUGAGACAGCGGCAGUGGGUGGAACGGAGGCUGCGCUCCCGGCAGAGACAGACGUAUCUGCACAUGCUGAGUAGUAUUAAGCUUCUGUCUCCUGUGCUUUACCUGAUUUUACUGCUGAUUGCGCUGGAAUUGGUCAACAUUCAUGUGGUUCAUGGAAAAAAUACUUGCGAAUAUCAACAGUAUCUAAAGUUCUUAAAGUCGAUCUUGCAGUACACGGAGAACCUGGUGGUUUACACCAGCCAAGAGAGGAACAAGUGGAAUGAAGCGAUCAUUCUUACGCGUACAGCUCUGUUGAAAAUUUGGACUUUCAGUGAGAAGAAACAGAUGUUAAUACAUUUAGCCAGGAAAUCCACAAGUAAAGGGGUUCUGUGAAAGCA